CCUCUCUCUCUCUCUAAACGGGCUCUCCCUCCCUCUAAUAAACGAACUCUCUCAAUUUAAAAAUCUCUCUCUCUCUCUCUCUCUCUCUCUCUCUCUAUAUAUAUAUAUAUAUCCCAUAGGCACUUGUCAUUGGGUUCUUCGGCGUGCACGAGGCGAUCUGUUGAUUGAGGGAGGGAUUUUCACCGCUCGAGGAAUUUCGGGUUCCUUGAGCUGGGUUUCCUGGUUCUUGGAUGAGACAUUAUAGAAAGUUCUUAAAUCUUGGUGUGUGUUAUAUUGGGCUCUAAACCCCUUUGCAUUUCUGAGAUUUUCUCAAACACCACCACCCAGAUCUUAGACCUUUUUCCCUCUUCAGCCAAUUUUCCGGGAAAGUAGAAGGAAAUCCCUAGCCCCCUGAUAACGAUUAGCUCACAUCUGAAGCCAAUUCUUGGAAUUUCCUGAAGAUGAGUAUGAGUGAGCCAAAUUCCUCGAGGAAGCUUCCUGAUUUCAAGCAAUCCAUCAAGCUGAAAUAUGUUAAACUAGGUUACCAUUACCUAAUCAGUCAUGGAAUGUACCUGUUUUUGUCCCCUCUCAUUGUUGUUAUUGCUGCUCAGUUGUCUACGUUCUCACUCCAAGACCUCUAUGUUCUUUGGGACCAUCUCCGGUUCAAUCUCAUAUCGGUAGUCCUCUGCUCCACCCUCCUGGUGUUCCUGUCCACCCUAUACUUCCUUACCCGGCCUCGCCCGGUUUACCUUGUGAACUUCUCCUGCUAUAAGCCAGAAGAUGCUCGCAAGUGCACAAGGCAGGUCUUCAUGGAGCGCUCCCGUUUGACAGGGUCAUUUGCUGAGGAGAACCUCCAGUUCCAACGCAAAAUUCUUGAGAGAUCGGGUCUUGGCGAGUCAACCUACCUCCCGGAGGCUGUUCUCAGAGUGCCCCCCAAUCCCUGCAUGGCUGAAGCGAGGAAAGAAGCUGAAACUGUGAUGUUUGGUGCCAUUGAUGAGCUUUUGGCCAAAACCUCCGUCAAACCAAAGGACAUUGGCAUUUUGAUUGUGAAUUGCAGCUUGUUCAACCCGACACCCUCCCUCUCCGCCAUGGUUAUAAACCAUUAUAAGCUUCGAGGGAACAUUGUCAGCUAUAAUCUUGGCGGGAUGGGCUGCAGUGCGGGCUUGAUCUCCAUCGAUCUUGCUAAAGAUCUCCUUCGAGUCCACCCCAAUUCAUAUGCCUUGGUAAUCAGCAUGGAAAACAUUACUUUGAAUUGGUACUUUGGAAAUGAGAGGUCAAUGCUUGUUUCGAAUUGCUUGUUCCGGAUGGGAGGGGCUGCGAUUUUGCUUUCGAACAAGAGAUCCGACAGGCGCCGAUCCAAGUACCAACUGGUUCACACUGUCCGGACACACAAAGGGUCCGAUGAUAAAUGCUUUUCUUGUGUUUUCCAGAUGGAGGAUCCCAAUGGCAAAGUUGGGGUCUCCCUGUCAAAGGAUCUGAUGGCUGUUGCCGGGGAUGCUUUGAAGACGAACAUCACCACCUUGGGCCCUCUUGUGCUCCCAAUGUCUGAGCAAUUGCUCUUCUUUGCCACAUUGGUUGGCAGAAAGCUUUUCAAGAUGAAGAUAAAGCCCUAUAUCCCGGAUUUCAAGUUGGCUUUCGAGCAUUUCUGCAUUCAUGCCGGAGGAAGAGCUGUGUUGGAUGAAAUAGAAAAGAACUUGCAGCUGUCUGAAUGGAAUAUGGAGCCAUCAAGGAUGACUCUGUACCGGUUUGGGAACACAUCAAGCAGUUCCCUUUGGUAUGAAUUGGCAUAUACAGAAGCCAAAGGGAGGGUGAAGAGAGGAGACAGGACAUGGCAGAUAGCUUUUGGAUCCGGUUUCAAGUGCAACAGUGCAGUCUGGAAGGCUCUCAGGACCAUCAGUCCCGAGAAAGAGAAGAACCCGUGGAUGGAUGAGAUCCACCAGUUCCCGGUGGAGGUUCCAAGGGUCUCGGUCAUCUGAAAUCCAUCCUCGCUCUUCUGUAUCGCCGGUGGAUUUUGUUUCUUCUUCAGGAGUUGUAGGAACUGACUAGUGACUAGAAUUGUUCAUCUGGUAGUAGAAAGGGUACUCUUCUUCUUCCCUUAUUUAUGGAUCAUUCCAUUUUGCUUUUGAUUUCAGUGUGGAUGGAUGGAUGGAUGUUGCUCCAACUCUACUGUAUUGAAGUUCUAGGAAACUCAACUCUGUAAGGGUGGUGUUUAUUUGUGUUUGACAGUGUGCUCGCCUCUAGCCCAGAAUUAAUUUCAUUCCUAUGAGAAGCUGAGAUUUUUUGGUCAGUUAUGGUCUGGGGGGGAUUUGAUUGUAUGAGAGCUAAGGGCUUUAUUUAAUCUAUUUAGGGCUAAGGCUGCCACUCUAGAAUGGAUGUGCUUCUCCUGUUGACUGUUUCA